GCGCGUACUUAGUAAGUUGCUUGUGAAACUAUGGCGGAGGGCAGAAGUGCUGUUGUGCGGUGUUGAGUUCCCUAUCUUCAUUCAAGCUACCCCAUGAGAUGCAAUACUUGCUGAAAAGUCUUUCUAUCCGUCACCUCAACCCAGCUCAACACAGCACCUUGAAUACUAAGAUCUGCAAGUCGAGUCAACUAACGUUACACUUGAACUUUAGAAAAACAGCACUUUGCCAACUGAAGACUUAUUGAAAUACCAACUUGACUUUCCGCUUUCCUGUUAAAGAGACCUUUCAACUCCACUGUUCAAUUUUAAAAGUUGUAUCAAUCUCAGAUAGAAUUUGUCAGAAACAAGGAUUUUACAAAAUGGCGAGUCCUCAGCAGUGGAAGAUCCAGCGCUGUAACUCCCAAGACCAAUCAAACAAUUCCAACUACAACAAGCAGAGCUUCUCCCCUAAUGGUGGCAGCCUAACUUUUCACCGAUCCACAAGUUACCCAGGACCAGGCCCACAAAUCAACAAUGGCAUUGCACCUGUGGCUGUCAGAGAAACUGGAAUCAUUGAAAAAAUGCUUUCUUCUUAUGGCUUUCUUCAGUGUUGUGACCGAGAUGGAAGACUAUUCUUUCAUUACAGCCACUUUGAAGGGCCCAUUGAUACCCUACACAUUGGAGACCCUGUAGAGUUUGAAAUGAUCAGUGACCGUCGUACAGGCAAACCCAUCGCCAGCAGGAUCAUGAGGUUACCACCGGGUUUGGUCAGUACAGAGAUCCUAGCCCCUGAACAGCUGCAGGGGAUCAUCGUCACCGAGGCUAAACCACCUAGUACCAAAGGACAUGCCGGACCAGCUGAAUUUGGACAAGUGGCAUAUGAGAUCAGUGGGGAGAGUUUCUUCUUGAUGUACAGCUAUGAGGAUGCACCUGAGGUACCUGCUAUCAAGAAGGGUGACAAGGUUGCCUUCCAAGUUGCAACGGACAAGAGGAAUGGUAACAUGCAAGCCAGGAAUCUAAGGCUCCUGGAGUCUGCUCAAGUGCCCCGCUACCAAGGCGUCGUCUGCUCCAUGAAGGAAUCUUUCGGCUUCAUUGAGCGGGCUGAUGCAGUCAAAGAGAUCUUCUUCCACUACAGUGAGUUUACUGGUGACGUCAGUGAUCUUAUUCUUGGUGAUGAUGUCGAGUUUGAAAUUGGAAAUCGCAAUGAGAAAGAGGUUGCCACCCAGAUCAAGAAACUGCUAUCUGGGACUGUAGUCUUUGAAGAUAUCAGCCAGGAGGUCUACCAAGGAGUGAUCAACAAAGUCAUUCCCCGCUUCACCAACAAGAAGACUGCUGAGCCUUUCCCAGGCAGACUGAUCUACAACACAAAGGAUGGAGGGAAACGUGAGCUCUCCUUUGGAGACAAGGACACACUGCGUUCAUACACAUUCCUGGUAGCUGACAUCGUGCAUUUCUACGUUGCAACGGACAGGAGAGACCACCUACAGAGGGCCACUAACAUCAGUCUGGCUGCGGCAGAGACCUUCACCUGUGGCACAGAGAAACGAGAAACAGGUACUGUAGCUGCCGUCAAGGAUGGGUUUGGAUUCAUCAAGUGUGCUUGCAGGGAAGCUAGGAUGUUCUUUCACUUCAGUGAGAUGCUCCAAGCUGGUGAUAUAUGUGUGUCUGAUGAAACAGAAUUCUCAGUGAUACCUGAUCCAACCUCACCUCAACGCCAGAUAGCCAUUCGUAUCAAACGCCUACCAAAGGGUAGCGUAUCCUUUGAGACUGUUCUUCCUGAUCGCGUCCAGGGUCUUGUCGACAAAGUGCCUGCUAACCUGUGGGGUCGUAGUCCCGGUAAGAACCGAGACAAGGAACUUGAUAUAGGUUUCAUCACCUACGGUCAGAAUGGAAGUCGAGUUAACAUUGCAUUCCAUGCCAAGGACACUGAUGUCAAAGUACCACCUGCCAUCGGUGACCUGGUUGAAUUCAAUGUGGCUGAGAUCAAGAAAGAUGGUUCCCGCAUGGCAGUCAAUAUCAAUGUCCUCAACAGGAGCUCUGACUCUCGUAAGAUAGGAGUCAUCUCGGUCAUGAAGGAGAACUUUGGAUUCAUCGAGAGCGACAAGCGAGACAAAGAAAUCUUCUUCCAUUUUAGUGAAUUCCACGGAGACCUGAAUGAUCUAGAUGUAGGUUAUGAGGUCUCUUACAUCGCGGUGCGCAAAGGACCAAAACUAAGUGCCGAAGAAGUCAAGAAAGUACAAGCCGGAGUCAUCCCACCAAAGGAUGUUAAACCAGGCCAACACAAUGGAACUGUCAUCCGUCCACUACGUAACGUAGACCCUAACCAAGAGGAAUACACUGGACUUGUAGCCGUAGUCAAUGAAGAUGGAACUACCGGUAUCACCUACCCCUACUCAAUCACCAGCCUGCUGAACAAGCAUGAGUUCCUUCAGAAGGCUGACAACGUGUGCUUCCAACUCUGUACCUGGCCUGACUCUGACCAGCUCUGGGCCUGUAGCGUGGCUGCAGUACGCAGUCUGCUCAGGACCAGGGUGGACUCUAUCAAAGGACAGUAUGGUUUCCUUGAUUACGACACUGGUGAUGGCAAGAAGCUGUUCUUUCACAUGAGUGAAGUGAUCAACGGGGAUGUCCACACUGGAGAUGAUGUAGAGUUUGUCCUGAUCACUAAUCAGAGAACCAGCCGUCAGAGUGCCGUCAAUGUUCGCAAAGUCACAAGCACGCCACGCCCUGAGCGUCUGCGCCGCCUGCAGAGUCUACCCAACGAUGAGAAAGGUCUUCGUCUGAUUGUCCUCCGCCAGCCCAUCGGACCCAAGAGUGCUGAAUAUGGAUUCAAAAUCGAGCGUUAGGUUAGCCUGGGUGAAUGAAGGAUUCACGUGCCAAAGUAGGCCCUAUAUGUACCUGUAAAUUGAUACAUCUCACUUGAAUUUCAUUCAAUAUUUCUAUUUUUCAUGCCAU